AUGUAUCAUAUAAUAGAAAAAGAAAUAUUAGAAACAAGGUUAUCUAGGAUUGAAAAUAUUGUUUAUGGGGUAAAUAAUAUGGCUUCUUCUAAGGACAUUUCAUUGGAUAUACUUUCCCUGAUAAAUUUUAUUGAAGUUGAAAUAAAUAAAUUAGUAAAAGGAUCUGAGGUUUUGAGAAAGAUGCUAUAUUUAUUUGAUACUUUUCUUUUAGAGGAAAAGUUUUUUUCGUUUAAAUCAUAUGAUGUUAUUCUUCAAAGUGAAAAAAAUCGUGUAGUUUUUUCAAAUACGCCCUUAUAUAGUACUGUAACAUCCCAAAUGCUUUCUAUAAGAGAAUUAUCUAUACCUGAUUCAGAUAUAUACUUUCAGGUUGCAGCAAAUAUUUAUCAACUUCAUAUAAUGUUUAUUUCUAUUGAAUCUGUUGAAAAGCAGUUAAAUUUUUUAUCAAGAAGAAUAGCAAAAGUUUUAGAGCUUUGGUAUGAAGUAGGUAUUGAUACCGUUAAUGAUUGUUUUUUGGAAUGGGAUGAAAGAAUUGAUAAUCUUAAUUCAAAAAUGCAAAAGUGUUGUACUUUUAAUAUGUAA